AGGCGGACAGGAAGCGGCACAGUUCCAUGCGCCAGCCAAUCAAUUUGGUGAACUUCAGUUUUUUGGAGCACAGGGCGACGCUCAGCGACCAGCUGCUUACCAAGAGCCGGCAUCAGCUCAGUCUUGUGGAGAACGAAUCGGAUUUUUGGCAGUUUGUUAACAAAUAUGAGUCCAUGCUGCGCCAACUGGGUCAGCCGGUGCUGCCGACGCUGAUCAGCGAAUCGGAGCAUCUGCAGCCGCUGCCGUAUCACAAAAGCAAGCAUCUGGCGCUGCAGCUGGACGAACAGGCGCUGCGCCACGACACGAGAGCCGACAACGAGGAGCUGCAGGCGCAAUUCCAGCAACUCGUGCUCAUCUAUCUAGAUUUUAAGCAAAAGGAGAAAUUCAAUCGCAUCAAAAAACUGCGCCAAGCCCAACGUGCGCUGCCCAUUGCACGAUUCAAGGAGGAUCUGCGCAGCUCCCUCCAAGCGACACGUGUGCUCAUCGUGGCCGGCGACACCGGCUGCGGCAAGUCCACGCAGGUGCCGCAAUAUCUGUACGAGUUCGGCUAUCGCAGCAUAGCCUGCACGCAGCCGCGACGCUUGGCCUGCGUGUCGCUAUCGAAGCGCGUGGCCCACGAGCUGCUCGAUGAUUAUGGCAACAAGGUGGGAUUUCAGAUACGCUUCGAGCGCAACCGGACACAGAAUACGCACAUCUUGUUCAUCACGGAGGGCUUGCUGCUGCGCCAGCUGGCUGUCGCCGCCAACUUGGAGCAGUACGACGUGCUCAUACUGGACGAGAUACACGAACGCAAUCUCUUUGGCGACUUUCUGUUGGGCGUCACCAAGUGUCUGCUGCGCGCCAAGCCGGAGCUGAAGCUGAUACUCAUGUCGGCGACCAUCAAUGUGGAGCUCUUCCAUGGCUACUUCAAGGAUGAGGGCGCACGACUGCUCCAAGUGCCCGGCCGUUUGUUUCCCAUCAAGCUGCGCUAUAUGCCGCCGCCGGCGCUGGAGCUGAAGGCAGGCCAAGCGACGGCGGGCAGCAGCAAACGUUCGCAGAGCGCACGCCUCGAUCCGGCGCCCUUUAUCCAGGUGCUUAGCCUCAUCGAUCAACAGUAUCCCAUUACGGAGCGCGGCGAUGUGCUGAUCUUUGUCAGCGGCGUCAACGAGAUCGACAGCAUUUGUGAGGCCAUCCGAGAAUAUGCCAAGGAGCAGGCACAGUGGCUGGUCCUGCCGCUGCACAGCGGCUUGGCCCUCGCCGAGCAGGACAAGGUAUUCGAUUAUGCGCCCGACGGCAUGCGCAAGUGCAUCGUCUCGACUAACAUAGCGGAAACAUCGCUAACUGUCGACGGCGUACGCUUCGUCAUCGACUCCGGCAAGGUCAAGGAGAUGAGCUACGAUGCCAGCUGCAAGGGACAGCGUCUCAAGGAGUUCUGGGUCUCCAAAUCAUCCGCCGAGCAGCGCAAAGGGCGUGCCGGCCGCACGGGCCCCGGGGUGUGCUUCAGGCUGUUCACGCAGCAGCAGUUCGAUGCCUUCGAGCCGUAUCCCAUGCCGGAGAUCUAUCGUGUGCCGCUGGACACGAUGCUGCUGCAGAUGGUCUCGAUGGGCCUGCCCGAUGUGCGCGCCUUUCCCUUCAUCGAACCGCCCGAAACGGAGCGCAUCGAGCAGACCAUUCUGGCGCUCAAGCAGCACUGCGCGCUCAGCGUUGAUGAGAAGAUAACCCCGCUGGGCAGCUCGCUGGCCAAUUUGCCCGUGGAGCUGCCCAUUGGCAAGAUGCUGCUGAUGGGCUGUGUCUUUCCGGAGGUCGAACAGCUGCUCACCCUGGCCGCCAUGCUCAGCGUACAGAAUCCAUUGACCACGCGCGCCCACACGGAUCAGCGCUGCGAACGUGAGCGCCAGCCGCUGGAGUCCGAGCAAGGGGAUCUAUUCACGCUGCUGCGCGCCUAUCGCGAGUGGCUGCAGCUGAAGAUGGCGCGCGAGAACACGCGCAAAUGGUGUCAUCGCCUGGGCAUCGAGGAGCAGCGCUUCUACGAGGUCUGCAAGCUGCGCCAGCAAUUCCAGCGCAUACUCGAGAGCUGCCGCAUGGCGCCGCCCAGUGACGCCGGCGCGCUCAAUCGUACCGAGCGUGCCCGCCGCCAUGGUGAGCUGCGUCAGCUGAAGGCGCUCAAGCGGCGCCAGCGCCUGGAGCAGCCGCGCCAGCGCAAGCUGCUCAAGCGCCAGCACGGCGCUGCGGAUACGCAGCAGGAGGAGGACGAUGAUGCACCGGACACUGAAGAUAUGCGCGACGUUGACUUUCGGCUGCGUCACGAUGGACGCCAAUUGGCGUUGCUCGCUCGUUCCGCUCAGCUGGAGCGGCAUCGGGAUGUGUUGCUGCUCAAGCUGUUGCUUGUCAGCGGCUUCUAUCCGCAGCUGGCCAUUGCCGAUGAGUUCAACUAUUGCAAGGGCGGCGGCCAGCAGUUCUUUCACACGCAGCUCAAGCCGUUUCUCUCGCUCCAUCCCAAUGCGCAUUUCGCAAAGUCCUAUGAGCUGCUCAAGCUCAGCGACAGCGAACUCCAUGCCAAGCCAGACUACUACACGCCCAAGCAGCCGCUUAGCGAGCGCCAUCAGGUGCUCUGUUAUCAGUCCCUGCUGGAGACGGCCAAGCCAUAUUUAAUGAACUGCAUACGGCUGCCGGCGGCGCAGACGCUGCUGCUCUUUGGCUAUGCCAUCGAUACCAAUUGGGGCAUCUCGCGCAUCGUUUGCGACGGCUGGCUGGCCCUGGACUUUCCUCAGCCGGGCAGCGGACUGCUGCUGCUCAGUCGCGCCAUCGAGCUGAGACGACGCUGGAGCAGCCGGCUCUAUGACAAGCUAAAUGAGCUCAACAGCAACGAGAAGGCAACGUCGUGUGCCCCGCCAAAAGCCGCUGGCCAUGAUCACGACGACACGCUCUGGUCGGAUCUUCUCGACUUCAUGGGUCUGGAUGUGGUCUAUGGCAUUAAGCGAUUGCUGCCUGCCGAUCAGAAGACACUUUAUACCCGCUGCCCGCCGCCGGCGCGUAUGAUGCUGCUGCCAGCGAAUCCCUUUGUCCAGGACUAUCCGUUAAGCGUGAACAGCGAGAAGGGCGGCCUCAACAUAUCCGAGCAUGUCGUCUAUGGCUGUCUGGCGGAGCUGCCCUGGACGCUGGCCAUGGAGACGGCGCUGCAGACGCAGCUCUGGCGCUGUGCCCACUGUGAUUUCCAGCUGGAGCAGUUCGAUGUGCCCGAUCAGCUGUUGCAUCGCCUGCAGUGCAAGGCACAGUCCGAUGGCAAGCGACGACAACGACGCCAAACGUCACCCGAUCCGAAGGCAAUAGUUCCAGCAAGCAGCAGCAGCAGCAGAAGCAAUGGCUGCGACUAUCACUGCGAGUCCUGUGGCCGCCAUCUGAGGCUCUCCCAGAUCGAUAUACUGCGUCAUCGACGUACCUGUGUCAAGCACAAGGAGCUUCCAACAAAAGCAAUUUAAGCUACAAUUUGG